UCAUAUCAUAUAAAUAUAAAUAAGUUUUGUAUUCGUCAUCUUCAUCUACCUAGCUAGGGUUUACGUACACAGUCAAUUGGGGUUCCUAUUUCCUACCUUCCGUCUUGCAGAAUGUCGAUGGAAUCCGAUACCAGCUUGUUCGGCGUCAUCCGAUCUCCUCCAGAAAACCUCGAAGAAAGAGGGAAGCGGCCAAAAUCGGAAUCAGAAUCAGAACCAAAGCCGGAGUUGGAGCCUGAGCCAAAAUCGGAGUUGGAGCCUGAACCGAAACCGAAACCUGAACGGAAACCAAAACCUGCUUGGGAAUUGAAACGCGUUAAUGAUCUUACAUUGAGUGACUUCUCCAUGUAUGACGACGACAUUAAACCUUUUGGGUUCAUGUGUGCCAAAUUUUAUUAUAGGAAUAAAGCUCAGAUUCAGAAAGAUAAUGAAUAUGAAGCGGCCAUUGCUGAUUAUAAAAAGCGCUCUCGAGGCCUAUCCGUUUACGAUGCUAUCACCCCUCCAAGAAUAGCCCAAUACGGAAAAUGCUGGGCUGCAGUACCGCUUGACUUAAAUGAAAAUCGUCUCCGCAGGCUCAUUCCCUUAUGCAAGCUUGCGUUAGACAAAUACAAUGCUGACAAUCAGGGUGCAAAUUUUGUGUUUCUUGAUGUUGUCAAGACAACAUGGAGUGCUGCUGGUACGUUUUACAUUACCUUUCGAGCUCAAAAAGAUCCUCCCAACUGCUCUGCUACAACUUUUCAGGCUCAAGUAUGGGAAAAUCGGAAUGGGCCACAUAAGGUCAAAUCGUGUGCCAUUAAAACCUUCGCAGUACCCCUUGAUAUGGAUGAAAAUCUUCGCAGCAGGCUCACUCCCUUAUGCAAGCUUGCCUUAGAAAAGUACAAUGCUGACAAUCAGGGUGCAAAUUAUGUGUUUCUCGACGUUGUCAAGAGAACAUGGAGUGUUUCUCCUAUGUUUUACAUUACCUUUCGAGCAAAAAAAGAUCUUCCCAACUGCUCUGCCAAAACUUUCCAGGCUCAAGUAUGGGAAAAUAUGAAUGGGCCAAAUGAGGUCAGAUCAUGCCAUUUAAAAAAAAAGAAGAAAAAAAAAGAGAGGUCAUAGUGUUCCCAUAAAACCUAACACAGCACAAGGGAAAUUCAAGUCUGGACAGACUGCUGGCUGUAGUUAAUUAAAUGUGACGGUGGUAAUAUAGUUAUUUCACAUCAUCAAAUGUCACUUUUGCUAGACGGUAUUUUUAUGUUUUUCUUUUCUAAAUUACGCAAGCUUUGGAAUGUUUCUAAAAUUAAUGAAGUAUGAUUUAACUGAUACAUAUUAAAAUAUAGAUAUAUCAUUUCAAAA